GGCGCGGCAGACGGCGGCGGCGGCGGCGGCGGCGGCCGCGCCAGCCGGCAGUCCCGUGGCAGCAGAGCUCGCGCCCUCACCAUGAACAAGCGCCUGCAGACCGUCGCCGCCAUGGCGUGCAUGAAGACUCUCCUCAUGCUCUUCAACUUCCUCUUCUGGCUGACGGGGAUCGCCAUCCUGGCGGCGGGCAUCUGGCUGGAGGUGGAGCUGUACAAGUACAUGGAGCUGUCCACCGAGUUCUCGCGCUCCGCGCCCUACGUGCUGCUCGGGGCCGGCGCGCUCAUCGUGCUCGUCGGGUCGCUGGCCUGCUGCUGCACCGUCAAAGGACAGCCCGCCCUGCUCUACAUCUACGGCACCUUCCUGCUGGUGAUCUUCAUCCUGGAGGUGGGCGCGGCCGUCUCCAUCUACGCGUACCGCGGGCACCUGCAGGCGGGCUUCGACCGCGGCCUCACACAGGCGCUCCACAGCUACGACACCGACCCCGAGAAGAAGGAAUGCUUCGACCUCAUGCAGUCCACGCUUCACUGCUGCGGAAACCGCAACUACACGGACUGGCAAGACAAGGUGCCCACCUCCUGCUGCAAGGCCGACAAGUGCGACACCAGCGACGUCUCCGAGAUCUACACACAGGGCUGUUACACUCUGGUGGUGGACUUCCUGAACACGAACAUCGGGCUGGUGGCCGGUGCAGCGGCAGGAGUGGCUGUCAUCCCACUGCUUGGUGUCGUGCUCUCCUGCUGCCUGGCGCGCAACAUCAACAAGGCCAAGUACGAGCAGAUGGCCUAAGAUGCUGCGAGGGGCCGUACGGAGGUGGCGACCGCUGCCCCCGUCCCAGUUUCUCUGCGCUCUCUUUCUCCUUCCUCGUGUAUCUCGUUAUCACUGUCCACAUUUGUAUCUACGCACGCACACGGCACUGUCCCAGCUA